AUAAGUUUAUCUGUUGGACCGAAAUGUUUAGUCUGAGGGAACAUUUUUUACAAUUAACCAUUGCUCUCUUAGGCAUUGGAUUGCCUGUGGCCAAAUGGUCUCGCUAUUGGCUAUGUUUUGUUCGUACAACAAGAGUACUGCAAUUGGGCCAAGCAAUUGAGAUGACUGCAUCCAUAUUGCUUCUUUUUGGUAUUCUCAAGGCAGAGGCCCAUCACAAGGCACCAAUAAUUUUAAUUUGGCUCUUUGCCACUUUAAUAUACUUUUCCACAAUUAUCUAUAAUAUGAUUGAUUACGAAAACGACAGUAUUUACGCCUAUCAGUAUGUAGUUACUGCUCUAAUUGCCUUAAUGAUGUAUAUCAAUUAUGGUUUCUACAUAAAAAUAUCGAACAUGGGCAAAGAAAUAGUUUCUGCAACUGCAAUAAAGGCAGAAAAUAAGUUAUGUUCAGAAGAAAACGAUACACGACGUCCACUGGUAUAUGAAGGGCUUUCAAAAGCGUUGAGAGUGGAAAUUCCAGCUUAAUUUAUAUAUAAACACUGAAUCUUGUUUGAGUUUGAAUUAGAAUUCAAUGCAGUUAAGCAAAACAAGUUAGAGUCCCCUUCAUUGUAAAAACACAAACUUAAAGCCUGCAUUAAGCAAAAGCUUUCAAAUGAUAUAAGUAAAAUAAACAAUAAAAUUAUACUAUAUACUUGAA